CAAGCAGUUUAACAGCAUCUUCCAAUGUGCUGUGCAUCAUUGCAGCGUGUGAGGACUGUGGCAUCUAAGCUUAGGAAACUCAGCCUUGCAUCCAGGGAAUUGUUCUUUUUUGCUGCAUUCCAUCAACUCAUUUCUGUUUUGUGCACAUUACUCUACGCACUAAAUAUGUUUUUGUUAUUUUUGCAUUUUGACAACUCUUUAUGCUUUUAGCACUGCAACCUGUUAUUUUUUUGUUACCCCCUAUGUAGCGAUCUCAAAACCUGUCUUAUGACGUUGGAUCCAAUGAUCUACCUUCUGACCUCACAUCAGAAUCCUUGCCUUGCUUUGCAUUAGCUCUUUAUAAUUAGCUCACUCAUUAGCUCAGUAGAAUCUUCCUACGGCAUCCUUGCCAGCCUUGCACUUUGAAGCACCAGCACAACACCUGUUAUUGGCAUUACAUCUGUAAAAAUCAGUAGCCAGGUCUUCCCUAACUUCACCAUGAUGUCCUGUGCUGAGAUGAUCACUAUGUGUCUUCUAUCAGCUAAACACUCACAGGAGGAUCAGAGGAGACCGUUCUCUCCUCCAAAGCUCUGCAAACAGGAUCUGUCUAUAUUCCAAGAUAUAUUCCGUAGAGCAGACAAGGAUGAUGACGGGAAACUGUCCUUUGAUGAGUUCCAGAACUUCUUCUCUGAUGGAAUCCUGAAUCAAGAGGAGCUGAAAGAAAUGUUCAGCAGGAUAGACAGUAAGCAGAGCAAUAACAUGGACACAGAACGAUUGUGCGAUUACUUCUCAGAAUACCUGGGAGAAUAUGGAAACGUUCUCUUAGCUCUGAAUAAUCUGAAUGUAACCAUUUUAAGUGCUAUGGACAAAACCAAGAGGAAUUAUGAGGCUUCCUCCCAAAUCGAGCAGUUUGUGACCCGCUUCCUACUCAGGGAGACCAUGAACCAACUGCACUCGCUUCAGAACUCACUGGACUGUGCCUUAGAAACGAUUGAGGGUCAGAAUGGCUGUGAGAGACAGGAUGCCAGAAAGACUACACCACAGCCCUUGGGACGUAAGUGCAAUCGAAGGGCCCACAAGUCUGUCUGUCUGUCACCGACGGAUCCUUAUUCGGGCAUCCUGACCACAGGUUUGCCAGUAGAAAAUGAUACUCCAUGGUCUGCACAAAUCAGCCGCCUGGAGCAGCUCAUUGACAAGCUAGAGUGCACAAGCCCACAGUUCGAGCCUUUGAAAGGAGAUCCAUCUAUUGAUCCUGCAGAGCCUUACAUCUUGGUGGCACAGAGACAGCUGCCUGUAGCUGAACAUUACUUGGACCAAUUCAAAUUGUCUCUUGAGAGUUACACAAAAACAACCUCAGUCCAAAACAGCUGCUUACACAUUUCUACUCAUAGACGUCAUUCGGAGUCAGGCUAUGUGCUGUAUGAAAUUUGGGAGGACCAAGAAUCAUGGAAAAAUCAUCUCCAGUCUGCCCAGAGCAAGACCUUCCAGAGAGUCGUCAUUGAUUGCUUGGAGAACCCAGAACAGCUCAGGACCAUGCAGUUUCCAGCCUCAUGGUGGAAUUUGAGCCCAAAUUGACCCCCUGCCUCUGAUACAGGGGGGCUACAAGAAUCACCUACUCUUGACAAGACUUGAUUGUGCUGUUCAGAUCUUGUGAUUUUUUUCAGAGCUUUCCAGAAAGCAGCGAUCCCCUUCCAAACUCUUUUCUCUGAACUUAUAAAUAAACAGAAUGAAUGGUAGACAUCUCAUUUGUGCAGUUGGCCUUUAUUGUCCCAGUAUCUUCCAAAUGGACUUGAAAGCUGAUGAAGUUUAUCUACUAUUAUGUCACUUUAUGACACAAAAAAGCUACGUGAUUGUUUAUCCAGCAAGAAGCUGCCUUUUGAUUGUGGUUCCCUUUGAAGAUAAGCUUGACUGACUUUAAGCCUGAACUAUAAAACCUCUGUACUCGUCUGCUUCAUGUCAUGCUACGGCACAACAUUACUUCUUAUUUGAACAAAAUUAGAUUUACAUUGAAUGUUGUAAUUGUUUUUUUUGUUACAGGAACAGUUCUGGUUGGAGGGCCCAAGUUACUGAGCCCAACCCAGACAUCAUAUUUCUAAAGUCCUCGAUUGUGCUCUAUAAACUCAACUGCAUCCUCAUCUUAUUUACUGCAAGUUUAACAAAUGGCUUCCAGUUAGUAGUGGUGUCUACUCAUCCCGGUUCCGAAGAGAAACUGAUCAUUUUGGCCACUUUUAAGAAACAGUAAAGUGUAUUUUUUGUGUGAAAGUACGACUACAUAUAAAGAUAUAUACCUUGGCUUUUAGCCAGCACUGCCCCCCCCCAGAACCUGUAACUCAACAGGAAUGUGUAGUGUAUUGAAUUACAAUUAGAUGGUUAUAUCUAUCUCUAUCUGUAUAAAUAUUAGCAUUAUUAAGUGUGCACUGUAGGGGUCACUGGAGUGCAAUGAGGUCUUGAGGACUAUAUUUAUAUACUGUUGGCCAUGCUGAGAUUCCUUUUUGAACUACAACUGGAGGUAGAUCCACCAUCAGGAAUCACAGGGCCCUUUAAUACUAAGUCAGCAGGGCCCACUCAUUGGUCAGCUGGGCAGAGUGGCCUGCCAGUAGGAUGGGACCCCAAUGUAAAAAAUAGAUCUAUGGAUGCAUUACCAUGCCCCUGAUCCAGCCAAACAAUGUUCCCUCUAAGUUGUGCACACGCACACAUGAGGCGCAUACAACAAAUUGUGGUGUGCACAAAGAAUAUUGCUUGAAAACACCAGCUUUUCCGUUUGUUCUGACCUGAACACAUUUAAAUUUUGUUUUUAAAGUAUGUUUUUGUGCUCAUAGCCAAGAAGGUAUUUGAGGAAACAUUGCACCCAGCCACACCCCAUUAUACCAAAUCCCGCCUACAGUUUCAAAGUAAUGCUGAGUCCUCUGUCAAAAGACACACAUCAUCUCUUUCCUUCUAUUGUGUACACAUGGGCUUCUGU